AUGUCUGUGUUUGCUCCACUUGCCAUUUAUAAAGUUGCCAAAGAUGCAGCUGGAAUUGCUGGUAACAUCUUUGCUUUUGGGCUAUUUGUAUCUCCCAUACCUACAUUUAGGAGAAUUAUCAGAAAUGGGUCAACAGAAAUGUUUUCAGGGUUACCAUAUAUUUAUUCCUUGAUGAACUGCUUAAUCUGUUUGUGUCCUCUUCAUGAUGAGUGCUGGGAAAGAAAAGAAGGUGAAAAUGCUUGUGUGGUUGAUGGUUGUUCUUGGUGUAUUUGCAAUCAUAUUGAUUGGAAGUUUGCAAAUUGA